AUGUCUGCUGAAAAUAAUCAGUCAUCAGAAACAUCAUCUCCUCACUCUUCCACAACUUCCCAGUAUUCCACACAGACCUUAUCUUUAGAGGAAGAGAAUACUAAAGUAAAACUAGAUAAGGAAAAUUUGCAGGAUGAAUCUCUAUUUCCUGAAGAGAGAGAGUAUGCGGAGAAGGAAGAGCAUCUGGGGAAGGAAGAGUAUCCAGAGGAGAAAGUGUAUCUGGAGGAGGUAGAGCACCUGGGGAAGGAAGAGUAUCCAGAGGAGGAAGAGUAUCUGGAGGAGGAAAAGUAUCUAGAAGGAAAACUGUAUCCAUAUGAAGAGAGUAUGUAUGAAGUCUACCUGAAAGAGGGUGAGUAUCUGGAGGAGGGAGAGUAUCUAGAGGAGGAAAAGUAUCUGGAAGGGAAGGAAUGUCUGAGCCCAGAUGCUGGCACCUCUGCGGUCACCGCCUUCUCUGCUGUCCCACUGACCAGCGAAGCUGCCUCUCAGCUCAUCUCCGCCACUGAGCCUCCUGACUUGUCCACGCCGCCUGCUACAACCUACAGGAGGGACGAGGCCAGUCAGACGGAAUGGGUCUAUGAGGCCCCGGAGUUUCUUUCCCAAGUGAACUUCUGGGAUAGUAUGACGGAGGAUCACAUUGACAAGCUGGAAGCUGAGGACUUCGAAGAGACUUUUCUCGACAGCUCCUAUCAGGCAAUAUUUAAGACAAUAGUCAGAGAAAUGGCUGCUCGCAAUGAACUAGAAGAGGAUAUUGACGUUCCCCCGUCUAGGCUACUGGAAAGGGACAACGGAAGGAAACUGGGAAUUCUGUUGAAGAAAAAUUAUAAAAAAUACAAGGAAACAAUCCUGGGGAUCAAGAGGAAACGAGAAGCACAUAUGAAGUCGGGAGACGUUUUUACCUUUCAUUUAUCGACGCAACCGCCACCAUCUGAGGAGUCCGAGCCAGAAGAAGAAAGCAAAAAACCUCCACGUAUCGUUCGGCGCAAGAAGAAAGAAGAGCUAGAUACGGAAUGGAUAAAGGAGAGUACAAAGGUGCAUCAAGGUGAUGGAAAAUUAGUUCUCUACCCCAGUGAGAAUGUCUUCCAAAUUCUCUUUCCUGAUGGGACAGGCCAGAUACAUUACCCAUCAGGGAACCUGGCUAUGCUCAUCUUCUGCACGAAAGCCAAAAAGUUCACGUACAUCAUUCUGGAAGACAGUACGAAAGGGUGGGUCCGGGGCCUUAUCAACAACUCUGGCCAUGCCACCUUCUAUGAUGAAAACGGAGAUAUCUGGCUGAGCCUGAGCCCCAACCUGGGCUACUACUUCGGCAAAGACAGGCGCCUGAGGGCCUGGAACUGGUGGAAUCUGAGCAUCCACGUUCACGCACCCCCGGUCAAGCCCAUCUCCUUGAGCAUCAACCAGUACAUCCAGGUACAAGUACAGAGCCAGGAUAAGAUCUUCUUCCGCUUUGCUCACAAACACAAGCAGAUUUGUAUCAACCUGGGCACCAGGUACAAGUUCAUCCCCCCGGAGGUGCUGAGCGAAAUGAAGAACACAGCGAUCCUGGAGGUGGAACCCAGCCCCGUGGCUCGGAAGAUCCAGGUCCUUCUGGGAAAAAUAAGUAGAAUUCUGCAUUUCCUGUCUAUCUCUGAUUUGGAAACCUUCACAGAGGCCACCAAGGUGCUGCUACGAGGCAAACUGUGA